AGGCAUAAGUGUGUGAAACGUUUUAUUUUAAGACAAUUUUGGACUAGGUGAUUGAAACCAACAUAGACAACUUGCUAUUGAACAAAAGUAUAUGCAGAUGAAUGUUUGACCUGAAACAUUUAUUUGAGACAACUUGCCCCAGUCUCUUCUAUUUAUCCUCUAGCCCUGCAUACUGGUGUUCCAGGUUCGGCUGAAACACGGCAUGCAUCGAAAACCAGUUUUGUCUAUGUUUGAACCAGAUAUUCAACACCACACCCUUCAGAUGCUAAUCAUACGGAACCACCUCCUCCAAGUUUCAGUAUGUUUCUUCUUAAGCAGCAGACACACUCAACUCGCUUCAGAAGCGGACAGCAACUCAAACCUCAGCCAUGCGGACACCGGGGAUUCUGAUAUUCGGCAUGGUCCUGGCCCCCUGCGGAUGGAUCCUGAACCUGACCAGCACAGUCGCGCCCAACUGGCGCACCAUCAACAACCUGGCAAGCGAGCCUUCGGAUCUGGUGGUGGAACAGGGAAUCUGGGACAUCUGCAGGACCUCCACAACAUCUAGAUCCCAACUGUGCAACCAGCAAGGCAACGACCAAAUUUAUUUUAACAGCCAGAUCAUUCCGAUCGCUAAAGGAAUGAUGAUCGCGUCAUUGAUCGUGACGGUGCUCGGCCUUUCAUUGGCAACACCUGGAGUCAGAUGCUGGAAGGACAAACCCAGAUGGAUACUGGCUUCUUUGGGUGGCCUCCUUAUCUUCUGCUCUGGAGCCCUGACCAUCAUUCCCAUUGCGUGGUACACUCAUAUCCUCACCAGCAUCAAUUCCACCUCCGUCAAAAGAGAUCCAAACAGAACGGAUGACAUUCGCGUGGGAUACUGCAUCGUUUUGGGCUACAUCGGAGGCAUCAUGGAGGUCCUUGGGGGUUUCGUGAUGUUCCUCGGGAUUUGCUCCUGCUGCGGUGGACGCAACCGUGGAGAAAAGCCUCGAACCAACACAACACAGCGGCCGGCAAGGGACAGACCGACGCCUCUGCCGAGGGUCAACAUGCCGAGAAGCUUCAGCAGGAGCACUGAAAGCAGCGUGCCGUACUCGCAGAAGUCACUGGACGACGACCUGGACUUCCCAAGAGCUAAACCCAGAGAUAGAGGAUCCGUCAACACAUCCUACACCGGAAGACCUUACGAUGCCGACCUGUGAAAUUGCUAACUUAGUCAGUACGUACUGUGAAUAUUUUGUGAGAUGUUAAGUACCUGAGAGAUGUUUGAACAACUGCACUAAAUUAAGAUUCUUUGUUGUCACCUUUAACAUCCAUGGAACCUUUCGAUUGCACAAAAGUUCUUUAUAUUUAGAUUUUUAUGGUACUUUAGAAGAAAUGUUUUGUUUUCACUGAAAGGUUCUUCUAUGGCACCGCUGCACAAAAAAACCCGCUUUAUUUUUAAGUGUAGAUGACCAUACACUUGUUACACCAGUCUUUUUCUUACUUUUACAAGUAUUUUACGUUUACAAGAGUUACUGAUUGUGCAUGCCAGUUGCACAUUUAAGCUAAGCAAUAUGAAGGUUUUUAGAGUUGUAAAUAGACAAAAUAUAACUUCCUGUUGAAAGAUGAGGUUUGUGACGCAGGUUAAAAUCAAAUCAUGCAUCUUAAUGGAAGAUAUCCUAAUAAUAUAUCACAAUAAUACUGCAAGAUUUGAUUUGAUAAAAAUGAGCUCAUUUGAACAAUGAAUUGUGCAAUAUUUUCUUUCGCUGUGGAAAAACAACCUAAAGUUAGUCAAAAGAGGUCUGUGAUGCAGUGUAACUAGUAAUACUGGUUGUUUCAGUUUUAUCUCCCCUGCAUGUGGGUCAUGUUUGAAUUGUCAACUGAUCCAUGAGUCAUGUGAACAAUGAAGUGAUAGAUAUGAAGUAUAUUGCUCUGUUGUAUUCAAUAUCUAGUUUUUGUGUUAUUUUGUUUUUACAUUUAAACCUGUGGCUAUACAUUAAUAUCACAUAUAAAUACUUUCUGCCAUUGCAUAAUAAAUGAUCAGCUGCUUCUUGAGAGACAGUGAGCAGGCAGCGUAUACCUUCAGUCUGGAAGUACAAAACAAACUUCCCUGUUACACAUCAAAAGACAACAUGUAUUACAACAAUAAAUUAAUAAAGUUAAUCAUUAACUAUAAAACAGAUACAUAUAAGUGCAGCAGCGCAAACGAGGUUAAAUGGUCUUACACCAUGCAUCCAGAUAAAGGAAGAAGGGGAUAAAUAAGAUUAUAAUGACUUUAUUUUACUGUAAUUUCCCAUUGGGGUCAAGGUUUGUGUGCUUUCUAAACAGCAAUCCAUCAUCUGUAAUGGUUCUUCAUUUUAUUUGUGUUUUUUUGUAUUAAAGCACUAUUUAUUAAAAGCAAA